ACUUAGCGGUCGGUUAGCAACCGCAUCAUCAGCAGGAUGCUCGUCCAGCUGUUACAGUAAACUCACUGUUUGCGGUUUAUUCACGCGUCUCUUCAAACCGCACCGCCAUGCGUGGCACGCAAGAGCGCGUGCACACAGAGAGAGCAUGCCCACCGCUGCAGCAGAGCUAACAGGCUAACAGGCUAACAGGCUAGCUGUCAGAAUGAGGCUGUGUUAAACUCGAUCGACACCUGGACCUAGUGACACCAACAGUCACACAACAUGGACUCACUGCUGGACUUUGAGGAGUGUGUCAUCGACUCACCUGCGUUCAGACUGAACCUGGAUCAGUUUGAGAAGGAAGUUUCUCUGUUGGAGACAAACGUGGACAUGGUGAUGAAGCUGUGCGGCAGGAUGGUGGAGGCGGGACAGGCGUACAGCUCAGCCAACCAGCUGUUCCUGAGCAGCCUGGCCGAGCUCUCCAUUUGCCAGAAGAAGGAAAACGUCAUCACAAACUGCCUGAACCAGUUCCACCAAGGUCUGCAGGAGAUGGUCGGCUUCCACACUAUGUUGUUUGAUCAGACUCAAAGAGCCAUUAGCCAACAGCUGACCAACCUCUGCACACAGUUCCUCCCCCAGCUGGCAGACACCAGGCGGCAGUUUGUGAGGAUCAGUGAGGAUCUGGAGACAGCGGCAGUGAAGAGCGCUCAGGUGUCUCGCCACAAGGCCGGCGACGCAGAGAGGGCCAGUCACCUGCUGCUCGCCACGCGGAAAUGCUACCAGCACUUCGCCCUGGACUACUGUCUGCAGCUCAACACUUUCAAAACUCAGCAGAGGGCGGACAUCCUAAACUCUGUCUUCUCCUUCAUUCAGGCUCAGUUCACUUUCUUCCACCAAGGCUUCGACCUAAUCAGAGACCUGGAUCCCACCAUGAAGACCAUGGCAGCACAGUUGUCCCAGCUGUCCACAGAGUGUGCGGUUAAAAGAAAAGACCUGGAGAACAAUCACCUGCUGGUGCAGCAGAGAGAUGCCUCGGGUGAGCCGAUGGUCAGCCCGUGUUCUGGCAGUGAUGACAUCAUCCAGGGUUAUCUGUUCAAGCGGUCCAGGAGGAAAUCCAAAACCUGGAAGAGAUGCUGGUUUUCCAUCAGAGACAAUCAACUCAUUUACAGAAAGUCGCACAAGGACGAAGCCGUGGUUCUGUUUGAGGACCUCAGACUCUGCGCCAUCAAAUCCCUGGAACACAUCGAGCGGCGGUUCUGCUUCGAGCUGCUCUCCGUCCAGAAGUGCUGUGCUCUGCAGGCCGACUCGGAGCAGCUGAAGCAGGCGUGGCUGGACGCUCUGCAGGGCAGCAUCGACCUCGCCUACAGGGAGAGGGCCGGCGCUCCACUCACUCAGCCCAAAGAGCCCCCCUCUCUCCUGUGUGGCGGGAGUGACCCUCCGGGCCCCCCCGCUCAGAGGCUGGCUGCCCUGGGCGUGGCCCUGAGGGGCCCCGGGAACCGGCGGUGCUGUGACUGCGGCCAGGAAGAGCCUCGCUGGGCCUCCAUCAACCUGGGGGUCACCAUGUGCAUCGAGUGCUCCGGCAUACACAGGAGCCUGGGUGUUCACCUGUCCAAGGUCCGGUCCCUCACCCUGGACUCAUGGGAGGCUGAACAGCUGAAGCUCCUGUGUGUUUUGGGAAACGAUGUCAUGAACCAGAUCUACGAGUCUCGAUGUUCAGAAGAAGGACGAGUCAAGCCCUCCGCCGACAGCUCGCGAGCCGAGAAGGAGAUGUGGAUCAAAGAGAAAUAUGUGGAGAAGAGAUUUGUGCAGAACAGCUGCUCAGACACCGAUCAGCGUCACAGGGUCGAUGCCGGGCGGCGUCUGUAUCAGGCGGCGCUGGACGGAGACCUGGUUGCUCUGGCAGUGGCGCUGGCGGAGGGGGCGGAGGUCAACGGCAGCAUCGCCGAGCAGGAGGGGCGGACCGGGCUGAUCGGAGCUGCUGUCGGGGGGUCACUGUUGGCCUGUGAGUUCCUGCUGCUUAACGGAGCUAACAUCAACCACCGAGACCUGAGAGGACAGGGAGCGCUACACGCUGCUGCCACUGCUGGACACACUGGGCAGGUGUGUCUGCUGUUGAAGAGAGGAGCCAAUCAGUACGCUGUGGACGAGAGAGGACAGGACCCAUUGGCCAUCGCUGUGGAGGCCGCCAACGCUGACAUUGUCACGCUGCUGCGGAUGGCCCGGAUGAAUGAAGAGAUGAGAGACUCAGAAGGAGUCUUUGGAUCUGCUGGAGACGACCAGACGUUUCGGGACAUCUUCAGAGACUUCAGCGACAUGGCCUCUCACGACCCGGAGAAACUCAGCCGGCGGCGGUUCAGCAGGGGAGGAGGGGAGAAUGAGCGGGACGAGGAGGAGGAAGAGGAGAGAGGAAGAAGAGGUGGAACAGGAAAACCCCUGAACAGGAAAGUCUGUGAUGAAAAGACGUCGGAGUGACAGUUCCCCCGGCGCUGGAGGCGAGUCGGUCUGCAGACCUCCUCCCAGUCGAGUCCCCAGAACCUCAUUUCAACAUUAACAAAAGUUUACAGAUUUCUACACAUGGACCUAGAAUCCCGAUACUAUCACGUAUUUAUUCUAAUAACAGUUUAACGUAAUUUACUUCAUGUUCAAUUACUAUGUGUGAGCAGUGUUACAGACGAGGGGGGGGGUUCACUGCAGCUGAUCAUUCAAUUCAUCAUCAAUUCAUCUGGCAAAGAUUUUCACAGUUUAAUUUGAAAGUGUUUUGUCCGACAGUGAAUAUUCAGGUAUUAUUAAUUCAUUAUCAUACUAGGAAAUAUAAAAGGAAAUAUAUUCAUACCUGUCAUGAAACAGGGAAGUUACAUUACACAAGUUACUUUCUGGGUAACAAGUUACUUUCGGGGUAAUGAGUUACAUUCUGGGCUUUCUAAACUUAAUUUGGUGAAGUUGAUUCAUUAUCUUCAGAAACUGUUGAAGUCACCUGACCUGCAGUUGAUUGAAUCUCUUGGAUCUCAGCUCGAGCAGGAGCAGUAGUGUUAGUGUUGAAGUUGGCUUGUGUUUGGAACGAGCUGUGAUUGGUCACAUCGUCUCUGACAGAAAUCUCUGGCUCCUCCCACACUGACCUGUUUAAACUGGCAUCGUGUUGCCAUGGUUACACCCCCUGAAUCAGAACUGAGUCGCCCACGUUCUCUUCCUGAUUGGUUCUCAUCAGUCACAUGACUCGAUUGGCAGCCGUGAACACACGCGUUGCUAACGCUUCCUGUCAGUUACACGUCAGUCACACUUCCUGUCAGUAACUCUUCCUGUCAGUGACACUUCCUGUCAGUAUCACUUCCUGUCAGUGACACUUCCUGUCAGUAUCACUUCCUGUCAGUGACACUUUCUGUCAGUUACAUGUCAGUCACACCUCCUGUCAGUAACAUUUCCUGUCAGUAUCACUUCCUGUCAGUGACACUUUCUGUCAGUGACACGUCAGUCACACUUCCUGUCAGUAACAUUUCCUGUCAGUUACGGUUUCUGUCAGUAACACUUCCUGUCAUUUACAUGUCAGUCACACUUCCUGUCAGUAACAUUGUCUGUCAGUUACGCUUUCUGUCAGUAACACUUCCUGUCAGUUACACGUCAGUCACACUUCCUGUCAGUAACUCUUUCUGUCAGUAACACUUCCUGUCAGUUACGCUUUCUGUCAGUAACACUUCCUGUCAGUUACACGUCAGUCACACUUCCUGUCAGUCACACUUCCUGUCAGUAACAUUUCCUGUCAGUUACGCUUUCUGUCAGUAACACUUCCUGUCAGUUACACGUCAGUCACACUUCCUGUCAGUAACUCUUUCUGUCAGUAACACUUCCUGUCAGUUACACGUCAGUCACACUUCCUGUCAGUAACUCUUCCUGUCAGGGACACUUCCUGUCAGUUACACUUACUGUCACUAGCGCUUUCUGUCAGUGACUCUUCAGAGGAGUUUCUGUCACUUAUCAACCAGCUGCAGAGGAGACGAUCUACUUCCUGUUUACACGUCACAUGACCAGUGUACAGUCAUGUGAAGUGGGAUAUCAGGUGGUAGUGUCAGUGUGGGCGGGGCCUGAGUUAGUUAUUUAAUGUGUGAGGGAAGUAUUUUAUUUGAAAAGAAGUAAGCUGUGUUGUGGGGGUUCGAAGGUCAAAGGUAAAGAUCAGUGUCACAAACUCAAGACUUAAGAUAGAUGAAGAUGAAGUUAUGAAUUUAACACAAACUGGAGAAAAUUAUGGUUUUCUAACCAGAAGGUCAAAGGUCAACUUCACUGACAAAGGGACAUAUUAAUCUGAUCUUUUAGUUUCAUGUUAAUCAAACACUGACCUCACUCUCGUUUUUCAUCGAUUUAUUUAAGAAACAAUAAAGAAAUUUGUCCAUAUUCUAUUUUUUCUGGACAUCCUGGUGACCAGCGUCACACAGCUGGAGGGACGGGUCUCUGUGCUGGUUCCUGGUCCUGAGAGGAUGAAUCCCAGUUGUCUUCUCCCUCUGUGGUGGAGUGGUGAAAACAACGGGAUCGAUUGUGGUUCAGACGUUCAUGGUCCUCGGAGGAUGAACUCUAAUAACUGUGGUGAUCUGGGGCGGUGUGGCCUAGGUGGUAGAGCGGGCGUUCUCCAACACGAAGGUUGCCAGUUCAAACCCCAGUCUUCCUCAUCUGCAUGCCGAAGUGUCCUUGGCAAGAUACUGAACCCCUAAAUGGCCCCUCAUGAAUGUUGAGUGUUCUAAAAAUGUAAGUCGCUUUGGACAAAGCGAAUUACAUGACAUGUAAUGUAAUGACAUGUCAUGAUUUCUAUUGAUAUGAGAUCUGUUGGUGGUUUCCUGUGUCCCUGAUUGGCUGACGGUUUUCUGAGUGACAGACGUCCAGACCAACCACAGGUCAGGGACUGUAGCUGCUCCUGUAACUUGGUAAAACUCAACCACAGCGAAUCGGUAGUAGACAUAAGUUUGGCUGAAGGCCGGUGACAUCACAGAGACGUCCCGACAGCUCGUCCAAAUAGCGUCUCUCUGUGGACAAAAUGUCUUUAAACCUGUUUCUUUAUAAAACACAAACAUCUUUCCCCAGUGACGCACCUUAGGCACAUUUCCACGUCGGCAUUGUUUUAUUAUUGUUUGUUUACUGUGUGGUUCUCUAACCUGUGUUCAGUAAAUACAGUGAGUCCUGUUUCUGAACAGAAUCCACCUCCACCCCACGUCCACCAGAACCAUGUGACUGAACCUGUCCCCUGAGUUCAGACUGAUCCAGGACCAGUGGAACUCCGAUAAAAACAUUUCACUCUGUUACUAACGUGAGGCUGUUAAAUAAAAACUAUUAAUACAA